AUGGAGGCGCUGAUAGAGAAAUGUACUUCAGAGAAAAAUACACAAGAUAAUUGGGAUCUAAUCUUAGAAGUGUGUGAAAAUUACGCCAGCAAAGAUCCAAAAACUUGUGUGAAAACUAUAUGUAAACGAAUGUUUCAUAAAAAUCCAAAUGUAUCUCUCCGUGCGAUAACAUUGUUAGAUGCAUGCAGUCAAAACUGUGGUAAAACCUUUAAUCGUGAACUUGCUUCAAAAGAUUUCUGUCAAACGAUAAAAAAGAAUUUCUCGAGUUUACAACGCAUUCCAAGUCUCAAAUUGAUUGAAAUAUUUAAACGAUGGGCGGAUGAGUUUAAAAGUGACUCAGAAUUAGCUCUAGCAGCUAGCUUUUACAAUUGGGUUAAUAAUGAAUACGUGGAUCUUGUGAAGCAAGUGAUGGAAGAAAAACAGAUAGCUAAACACGGUCAAUCACGUCAACUUGUUGCUCAGUUACAAGCGAAAGAGGAAAAAGACUUAGCUGAAGCAAUCGCUUUGUCGUUAAAGGAGACGACUGGCGCCGCUUCUACAGUCUCUCGUUCAAACAAUCAACCAACAAGUUUAUAUCCAACACGUGCUCAACUUUCAUUCAAUACUACUACUGCUGGAGGUGCUGCUGCUGGAUCCUCUUCAAGUUAUUUAACAUCACCCACUGCUCCAAAGACAGUGACACGUAAUUCUAAAGGUUAUGUAAAAGCUCUGUAUGAUUUUGAAGCAGCUGAAGACAAUGAAUUGACCUUUAAAGCUGGUGAAUUAAUCCUCCUUCUGGAUGAUUCUGACGAAAACUGGUGGCUUGGCAGUAAUCAUCGUGGUGAAGGUUUAUUUCCAGCACAAUUUGUAAAACAACUGUCAGACACAGAUGAUGAGAAUGAUAAGAAGACUAGUCAGUCAACUCACUCCAGUGAAGUAAAUCAUCAAAAAUCAGCGAAAAUUAUGCCUCAACAGUUGGAUGAACGAAAAAUCGAUGAAUGCCUACGCUUGAUUACAACUGUUGAUCCAACAGGUGAAUUUCUUCAAGAUCCACCCGAGUUGAAACAACUUGAAGCAGAGUGUACAGCAAUGCUACCACUUGUUGAUCCCGAGUUAAAAUUAAUCGAUAAAAAGAUGAUUAUGCUUACUGAAUUGAAUCAACGUUUAGUGGAUGCUUUCCAGUUGUAUCAUGAUAUUAUGUCACAUCAGAAUGCUGCUACAAAUGCCUAUUAUGCUAGUGCCAGUGCUAAUGCUACUGCUGGUAUGAUGAAACCGCCGCCGGCGCCACCAGUAAUGUAUAUGCCUAAUUCUGCAAAUAUGUUUCCAUAUUCUUCACAACCUGUAGGAAUACCGCCUAAUUAUGUGGUCAAUUCUUCGAACACUCUUCCUAUGAACGGAUCAAAUAUGCCUACUGAAUCGAAUGGUGGUGGUACCAUGAUGAUGCCUCCAUCCGACACACAAUCCAUGGCAACUGGUAUUUAUGCAAAUCCACAAACAGAAAAUUAUACUACUGCUGGUGGUGGUAAUAUGAUACAGAAUAAUGUACCAGUUAAUCCAGUCCCUCAACAAUUCAUGCUACAACGACCUCCUUAUGGAAUGAAUCAGGCGGCAGCGGCAUUACCUAAUGUUGCUCCACAGCAAAUGCCUUCCUAUCCACCGUCGGUUGCGAAUCCCUAUGGAGUUCCAUCAUUCCAUCCGAUGACUGAACCGCCGAACACUAUGACCUAUCCAGAUCAGCAUCAAGGUAUCCAGGCACAACAGCAAUUCCAACAACAACACCAACAACAGUUUCAGCAGCAGCCACAACAGCAACAACAACAGAUCUAGAACUCAAGUACAGACAGUUGUAAGUUGUACAGUAGUUUGUUCCAUCUGUUUUUCUCGGUACUUAAUCUAUGUCACCAGUUUGUUUUUGAUAGCCUCGACAGUUGAUAUUGUAAAGACAGAAGACAAGGGCCAGGCAGUAGAUUGUUUAUUGAGGAAAUCAAGAGGUAUUUAUAGAUUUUUAUGUACAUUAGUAUUAGCAGAGAAGCAACCUCUUCUUAUUGGUUUUCUUGCUGAAGGUCAUUCUGUUAUUGGUUUGUGGCCGUUUCUCAAAAAAUCAAGUUAUAUAUCUGCGAAUCCUAUUUGCAUACGAUAACUCCUCUGUGAUUGGCUGGUAAUUUUCUCAAGGUUCAGCUUUGUUGUUGUUUUUGUCAUGACCGUGAUUCGAGACGUGAACAUUGACGUAAAUUGUUGUCUACAAUUUCGGCUUGUUCGCAGACAGCUCUCACCACAAUAUGACUAAUGGGUAUAAUAAUACUGCCCUAUCUAUGACUGUUUGGAUACAGUUUUUAUUGGGAAAACCACAUCAUAUAAACAUAUAAAUUCUCUGACCACAUUAAAACCAGC